AGUCUUCGCUGUUGAUGUAAAACGCACGGACUAUUCAGAAGGUCUAAGAAAGGGGCCAUGUCUUCCAUCAGUGGACCCUUGAUACAUUACACGGCGUGAGUUUCCAAAUACAUGCAGGCGUUUGUCUUGACAGAGCCUUACUUCGAGACCUGCGACUCGUUCGACGCCUGCAUUAGCUCUAGCGGCAAAUCCCCCACCAGUCUCUACUUGUUUCGCCCACAUACUAACUGAAGUCGCUCCGUUGUAGUCAGUCACAGCAGCCUUCAAUACACUAGUAUGGACAAUCCGAAAGAGGACAUCACUCUGCAAACGAUGCAGGAAUCUGGCGUAGUCUUUGCUGAGCGUUCUGUAGAAAACGACGCCGGAGAACCGAGUUCGUAUCUAAUGAACGGGCGUAAGCUGGGUGUUGUCUGUGUGGCCUUCAUGAUGUCCUUCGCGCUCAUCGCUCUCGAUCAAACAAUUCUGUCGACAGCCUUAGCUACAAUAGUCUCUCAUUUUCAUGCCGUAUCAGAUCUUACCUGGAUUGCCAGUGCAUACUUUCUGCCUCAGGCUGGUCUCAUGUUACUUUUUGGGCGCAUCCUCGCCAUAGCUCCAGCGAAAGUGGUAUACCUUCUUGCCAUAUUCAUCUUCGAGAUUGGCAGUCUCUUUUGCGCUGUUGCGCCUUCUGUCAACUUCCUCAUCUUUGGGAGGGCUGUGGCCGGAGUUGGCGCUGCGGCACUAUGGGUAUCGAUCAUGGCUAUCAUUGCUCGAAUAACGACGAUGUCUCAGAGACCGAUUGUACUGGGAUUAUUUGGCGGCGUGUUUGCCGUGGCUUCCAUAGCAGGACCUUUGAUAGGUGGUGCAUUCUCAGAUCAUGUUUCAUGGAGAUGGUGUUUCUGGAUCAAUCUUCCUUGUGGAGGAGUAGCUAUAGCUGUGGUCUACUUUACACUUCCUUCAAUGUCACCACCUGAUUUCAGUGACAAAGGCUGGAGAAAAUGGCUGCAACUUGAUUAUAUAGGAGCUGUUCUCAGUGUUGCAGCAAUCACCUUGCUUCUUAUUCCACUGCAAUGGGGUGGAAAUGUCAGAUCUUGGAAUGAUCCUUUGGUAAUAGGUCUACUAGUGGCUUCUGUGGUACUCAUUUGUCUUUUUCUUGUAUGGGAACAUAAACAAGGAUCUAAUGCUAUUUUACCAAUUAGCAUAUUGGUAGAUGGAAAUAUGCCUGGGGCUUGUAUUCAAACACUCUUUGUCUAUAUUGCAUUUAUCACACCACUUCUCUAUCAAGUAGAAGGGCAUUCUGCAACCUCUUCAGGAAUUUCAAUUCUACCAUUCAUGAUUGCUGGAGUUCUAACUUCCUUUAUUGCUGGUGCAACUAUUACUGCUACUGGACAUGUUUGGCCAUUCUUAGUGGGGCCUCCACUAUUGGCAUCAGUUGCAGCUGGACUUCUCUUUGCUGUGACACCCAGUACCAGAGCAAGUGCAAUUAUUGGUUAUCAAAUUUUGCUAGGAAUUGGACUUGGUGCUGUUACUCAGAAUGGACUUAUUGUUGCUCAGGCACAAUAUCAUAACAAGCCUGAAAGUGUCCCUCAAGCAACUUCAGUGAUUACAUUCAUAACUUUGAUUGGUUCAUCUCUUGGACUAGCUAUCUCAAGUGCUAUAUUCUCAAGUCAACUUGAUAAAAAGCUAAAUGCCAUCAAUAAUAUUUCCUCAAACAGUAUUCAAGCAGUUAAAAUCAGUAUUCAAGCCAUUUUUAUAUUACCAAAAGAUCAGCAGACACCAAUCAUAGCUGCUUACAUGGCAGCUGUAACAUCUAUCUUUCUUAUGACAGUACCAUCAGCAGCUUUGGCUUCCAUAUCUGCAUUUCUCAUUAGUCGAGGCAAAAUAGCUAUAAAGGGGGUAGUUGCCACAGGUUGAUUUUGUAUUACAAAUUUUGGUAUGCCAUAUAAGUUUCUUAGACAGUCUUUGUUACUAUGUAUUCAGUGUUUACAGUCAUGAAACACUAUAAUACUGUUCUAGUAUGCCAUGAUAUCUGCAUGAAAGUCAAAAGCACAAGCAUCUGUCUUUGCAGAUGAUGUCCUCAUGUCUAAUUCUUCUUAAUGUAAUCAAUAUCACUCACAACA